AUGUUAGCUGCAGAAGAAGAAUGGAGAGGGGAUUUCGUAUCCGACAUUCACCAGGAGCGUAAAACUAUGACCAAGAACUCUAUUUCGCAUUAUGUAAAGAGAGAGGUAAAGCGUCGUGUGUCGUCCUUUUCGUCAUCUGAGCAGAUUUUCAUAACCGACUGCUGCUGGGCUUCAUUUCCGGGCUUGCAAUCGUUCAUUUUUUUCGGACUCAGCAACGGGUGUGUUUGCCUCUUAAACACCGCUAAUCUCUUGAAGACUUAUCUAUUCAGGGAGCCCGAGAAGGACAGUGGGCAUGAGCUGAAGGGGCAUCACACCCGCGAUCUCAAGGGGGAGCGUCCUAAGGUAGAGCAACAGCGCCCGAUGCAGCUUGUCGCCGUGGACUGUGCGCCUCUGGAUGCUGGUUCAUCGAUCCAUCCCUUGCUCUCUGUCUCCACAUCCACAUCUACUGCCACUAUUAGAAAUCAAAGGUGCAUUUUGUGUGUGAUUUUGGAUGGUUGGGUACAGCUAUGUCAUAUUGAUAAUUCUACCUCUACAUCGGAGUUGCGAAGGCCGCCAAGAGGCCUCCCGUCGAAGAUGUUGGAACUCCCUCGUGAUAUCCAGCAAAACGUGUUAAUCCGACAGGUUCGCUUCAGUCCGUCCGCAGAUCGUAUUAGUGUCUUCCAAACUUAUCUAGUGAACAAAGAGUGUGUAGGGGAGGAGGCUAGGAAGGCUGUCGUAAGCUCUGUUACGGUCCUGAAGCGGGAGGUGUCUUCCCUUGCUUCCGGAUAUCUGGUGGAGUUCUCUUGGCGCCAAGUGCAACCACCUCGGGGAUUCACCACACACACCGAUUUAAUCCGCUUUUGGGGCUGGUGGGAUGAGGAGUCGUUCUUGUGUGUGUGGUCGAGCGGCUGGCUACAACUUCUGCGUGUGAAAGAUCUCACCAUCCUCAGCGAAACACGCCUUUUACCGAGUGCGCGCACCCAUUCCUUGCUGUUGGUCACAGCGACCCCUUGCACAGCCUCUUCCGUUGUUACGGAGUGUCGGCCUGUUGCCGCAGAGGCGCGUAUGUUUUUCUUGGCUGUGGCCCUCGAGAAUAACGUCGUGAUGACGUUCAAUGUGAACCUGGUGGAGACCGAGGCGAGGCAGGAGGCUUCAGGGAAGAUGGGAGAGGACACCUUCGAUUUUGAAAAGCGAGCUCGAACGCUAAUCAUCAAGCAAACACAGAAGACCUUCUACACUGAGGACAUUCCCGUGAGCUCUCUCGCGCUAUUUCACGUGCACUCGUGGACGCUUUGUAUGGGCUUAGAGAGCGGCGCCGUGUUGUUUAUUGACGCUAUGACCAUGGACUUGCUCGUUCACCGCGCGUUGAAGCGGGAGGGCAGCGCGUUCGGUGCGCAGACGUGGGGGGAUCGGGGCUACGUAACCAACCGUCCCUCCUUUAGUUGCCUUCCCUUGGGCAAACCCCUCAAUGUUGUGGUCUGGGAUCACAACAUGGCGACCAUUCUGAAACCCUGA